AUGCCCGAAGCAUCCAAUCCUCACAUUGAUAACAUUGAAAAUAAUGAAAGUGAUGAGAUUUCUAAUCCUGAGAAUAAUAAUGAUGGGAUUUCUAAUCCUGAAGAUGAUGAUGGGAUUUCUAAUCCUGAGAAUAAUGAUGGUCAAUUUGAUUUUCAACUACAUGAAGAACCAUGCAGAAGACCAUGCGGGAGACCAUGUGAAAGACCACACGGGAGACCAUGCGGGAGACCACAAACAGUAUCGUACGGAAGGUUUGGUAAAAAAUCACAAAAUAAUAAUAAUACUGUCAGAAAACCAUUUAAGCUUAUAAACAUUAAACUUCAUUACCUUCUACCUAAUACAACCGCACAUCUUCAACCUAUGGAUGCCGGUAUUAUUCAAUCGUUUAAAUCUAAAUACAAAAAGCUUUAUUGCAAGCAUGUUCUUAAUCAAUUUGAGUCUAAUAUCGAUCUGAAAAAAAAUAAGCUAAAUGUAAGGCAAGCAGUCAAUUUUAUUGCAGAGUCAUGGUGUAACGUAACUGAUAUAACUAUUCAAAAUUGCUGGCAUAAAACAGGAAUCCUUUCGAAUGCAAGUAAGGUAGAAAUAGAAUUUGAGUACCAAGAAUCUGAAAAUAAUCUAGACGAUGAUGAGAUUGCAGAAAUUAUUACUGACUUGUCAUCUAGUAAUGAUCCUGAAGCUUCUCAAAUAGCUCAGGCUAUGAAAAAGUAUGUCCAAACUGUCGAUGAAUCCAUUGCAACAGAAGAAUUGCUUGAGGAUGAAGAAAUAAUCGCUAUGGUUCAAGCUGAAGAAAACAAUCAACAACAGGAAAGUGAUGAUGACGAGGAGCCUCCCCUCCUAUCUGUGACAACUAAAGAGGUAUAUAAUGCAAUACAAACUGUUUUACGCUACGAAGAACAGAUGAAUUCAGAAUCUAACCUUGAGCUCGAAGAAUUGGAGUUUUUGUGA